GUAAAAAAUGACCUAUUGCACCUUAAUAACGGUAUUUUCAGCACAGAGUUUUUAUGAGUAGUUUCUGUAAUCUUGGGAAAUACGUGAGAAACUACAGGUCAUUUCACUGCAACAGCUUUUUAGCAGAGUAUGGCACAAUCUUUUGACCAUGGAAAUGUUGUAAGAGUCAGACCUAAAUAUAACUAACGACCACCCUCUUGACUUGUGAGUGCAUUCGCUCUGCGCUCGUGUGAGGAGAGAGAGCGCGUUCCUUCAGCAAGUGUCACACCAAAACAGCUACAAGAAGUUGAGCCGUGAAAGAUGGAGGAGCAUUCUGUUGUAAAAAAGCGCUCUGUGGCUGAACUAGCUGGAAAAUUCAGUUGUCCAAUAUCCCACAUGACAGACGCUGAAGUGAACAAGCCUGUGAGGAGGAGACCCCCACGCUCACUGCAGCUGCCUGCUGGUAAUGAUGCAGGUCAAGGCCAGGAUGAGAAAGGAGCUGAAACAGUAUCAACCAGAAAGAACAGAAACUCUGCCCUCAUUGAGAAACUGCAGGCCAGCCUUACGCUUUCUCCCACGGGACCUCCGCCCUUCCCAAAGAGCCCAGGGGUGGUGAAAUUACCGGUGGCGUCCAUCUCCCCCGUCUCUCCCAGCAGCCCCUCUAGUCCUCCCGUAACUGUCACGCCCAAACAGGAGGAAACCCCUGCCAGCUUUGAGAGUCCCACUGACGGAACUGUUCUCAAAAGCAUCAACAAGGGUAGAGCUCGACAUUCCAUCAAGCGGCGCCCUCCGUCUCGCCGACACAGGAAGUCCAGUGCAGAUGAAGGCGGAGAAGAUGUAGAUAAAACAGCCUCAGCCACCCUCGAUCAAACAACUCCAAAUGGGCAUGAAGGAGAUGUGUUUGAAGAACACAAGACAUCACCAGAUGCAGAAUCUCUCUCCUCUAAAGAACAGAUUGAGCAGGAAACUAAACCUACGGAUUCAGAGAAGCCAGACCUGGAGGAAAAAGUGGAGAUUGUGAUUUCAGAAAAGAAAGAGGCAGAAGAGAAAGAAGAGAAAACAGAACCAAAGCUAAAGGAAGAGAAAAGUGAAGAUGAAAUGCAGCUGGAUAACAGCACAGAAGAAACACGUGAAGAGCUAGUCACGCAACCACAAACAGAUGAGAAAGAAGAGGAACAGAAAGAAGAUGAAGUAAACCGUUAGAGCCAAGUGAGUAGAGUGUAAAGUCUCUAAAUAGAAAUAAAGGUCUAAAUCUGCCUUAGACCGAAGAACUCCCUUAAACUCACUGCUUAACCGUAGCAAAGACAUCAGGAGAAGAUGAAAUAAUGUGAAUUGGUUUGAGACUUCUUGUCCAUGUCAAACAUUUGAGUCGUUUGAAUGUGCAAGUGAAACCUGCAGGUGCAGAGAGCAACAGUAUUUUCCCUCCUGUACAGUUGUAUUAAUGUUCUGAGCCGCUUGUAUGAAUUUACACAUUCGUUUGAUUUGAGAUCAUAUGGGAUUUGUUUUGGUUUUUACUUUUGUAUAUAAUUAUUAGUCUCCACUAAAGGACAUAUUUUUUUAUUGUUUUUGUGGUUCAUAGUUGUAUUCCUAUCAAAAAUAUGAAUAGUUGAUCGUUGAGACUUGCAGAAAAAAAAAAAUGGGAAUAUGAAAAAUAAAUCACAUUUCCAUGAUUAAGAUGGAAAGUUCUGGUUCUAGAGAAGACUUACCUCGAGGUCAUGACCCUAGGCUGGUCCUAUUCUGCAUAAGAUCUGACCUUUAGACAAAAUAUUUGCUAAAAAUACGUACAAAUAACUA